AGUGACGCGUCGCCUGAGACAUAGAUGAUCUUUGCUCUGUCAGCGCUGCAGCCGUCCGCACACCUUGCUGUCUCUGCCCCGGACCCGCCGCUGAGGAGAAGCGACCAUGGCACCUGGGAUAAAGAACAGGGUGUUCGUCGUCGGCGUUGGCAUGACAAAGUUUGACAAGCCUGGAGCCCGAGAUAACUGUGACUAUCCUGAUAUGGCCAAGGAAGCAGGUCAAAAGGCCUUAGCAGAUGCAGGAAUCCCAUAUUCUGCCAUUGAACAAGCCUGUGUAGGAUAUGUCUAUGGGGACUCCACAUGUGGGCAGAGGGCCAUUUAUCACAGCCUGGGCCUGACUGGGAUCCCUAUCAUCAACGUCAACAACAACUGCUCCACAGGCUCCACUGCUCUCUUCAUGGCACGGCAGCUGGUCCUGGGAGGUCUUGCUGACUGUGUGCUGGCCCUCGGGUUUGAGAAGAUGGAGAGGGGCUCUUUGUCCUCAAAGUAUAUGGACAGGACCAAUCCCAUGGACAAGCACAUGGAGGUUAUGAUCAACCGUUACGGGAUGGUGGCAGCCCCAGCAGCACCACAGAUGUUUGGCAAUGCUGGAAGGGAGCACAUGGAGAAAUAUGGAACAAAACCGGAACACUUUGCUAAAAUUGCCUGGAAAAACCACAAGCAUUCAACUAACAACCCCUAUUCCCAGUUCCAGGAAGAGUACAGCCUGGAGCAGGUGAUGAACUCCAGGAAGGUGUUUGACUUCCUUACUCUACUUCAGUGUUGCCCUACAUCAGAUGGUGCUGGAGCAGCAGUUUUAGCCAGCGAGGCCUUUGUCAGGAAACAUCUUCUGGAGAACCAGGCAGUAGAGAUUGUGGCCCAAGAGAUGGUGACAGACCUCGCCUCCACGUUUGAAGAAAACAGCUGUAUUAAGAUGGUGGGGUAUGACAUGUCUCGGUUGGCGGCUAAAAAGUGUUACGAGGCAGCAGGUCUGAAGCCCAGUGACGUUGAUGUGGUCGAGCUGCACGACUGCUUCUCAGCCAAUGAGCUCAUCACAUAUGAGGCUCUGGGGCUGUGUCCAGAGGGUACAGCUGGGGAGUUGAUUGACAGGGGGGACAACACCUAUGGAGGCAAGUUUGUGGUCAACCCCAGUGGUGGUCUCAUCUCUAAAGGACACCCUCUGGGUGCCACAGGUCUGGCCCAGUGUGCGGAGCUGUGCUGGCAGCUCCGAGGGCAGGCUGGCAGGAGGCAGGUCCCAGGGGCAAAAGUGGCCUUGCAGCACAACAUUGGCUUAGGAGGAGCUGUGGUUGUUGCUCUCUACAGGAUGGGAUUCCCACAGGUGGCCAGGUCCCGCAUAGGUGCAGUUCCCACCAGCUCAGGCAGUGGUAUGGAGGGGUUUAAAGCUUACCCUGUCUUCAAAGAGAUCGACAAACAUUUACAGGAGGAAGGAGAGAAGCUCGUCAAGAAGAUUGGUGGAGUGUUUGCAUUUAAAGUGAAGAAUGGACCAGAUGGGAAGGAGGCGACUUGGGUCGUGGAUGUGAAAAGUGGCAAAGGUUCUGUCACCAAUGACCCAGAAAAAAAGGCAGACUGCACCUUGUCCAUGAAUGAUGAAGAUCUUCUGGAUUUGAUGACAGGAAAAUUGAACCCACAAAUGGCAUUCCUCAAAGGGAAGCUGAAGAUCACUGGAAAUAUGGCCAUGGCUAUGAAGCUGCAGAACCUCCAGGUUACACCAGGCAAGGCAAAGCUGUGACACCCUGAGUGAGCGUUUUUUCCCCUGAGCAACAGGAAAAGGAAAACUUGAUUUCUCCUAUUGAAACUGUAAUUUUGCUUAUCGACAAACAGGUAUAGUAGAUUCAUAAUGUGUUUCUGAGUUUCAAUUCCAGCUGCUACUUUGAUAUCAGAGCACACUGCAUUUUGAAUGGCUAAUAUCCACAUUGUUGGAUAUACACCGACCACCUUCAGCUCUCAUAAGAAUUCUGAAACAUCCAUUGAAUCCAUAGGAGCUGCUUGCUAUUAGCAACAUCAGUGAAAGUUUUAAGAAAUGUAAGUAGCUUCACUGUUUGAUUGUCAAAAUGUGCCUCUUACUUCUGUCCAUAAAAUUAAACUUGUGGUUUAGAGCCAUUUUUGGUCUCAACCAUUUUGAUAGAUCAGUUUGUAUAGACUAUAGACUAUAAAUGAACGAAAUUACCUUUUUUUUUUUUUUUUUAA